AUGUUGACAGCUGAAGUCACUAUGCUCCUGGAUGAAUUCCAUCCGUUUAUCGAGGCUUUGCUGCCUCACGUCAAGGCCUUCUCGUACACUUGGUUCAACCUGCAGGCUGCGAAACGCAAGUAUUACAAGAAGCACGAGAAGCGAAUGUCCCUGGAAGAGGAGCGACGAUGCAAAGAAGAGCUCAUGAGUGAGAAGCCGGAAGUGAAGCAGAAAUGGGCAUCGCGGCUGUUGGGGAAGCUUCGGAAGGACAUCACGCAGGAAUGCCGGGAGGAUUUCGUGCUGAGCAUCACUGGGAAGAAGCCUGCCAUCUGUGUCCUCUCCAACCCCGAUCAGAAGGGAAAGAUGAGAAGAAUCGACUGCCUCCGACAAGCUGACAAGGUGUGGAGGUUGGACCUGGUGAUGGUGAUCCUGUUCAAGGCGAUCCCGCUGGAGAGCACGGACGGGGAGAGACUGGAGAAGUCGCCGAGCUGUGUCCAUCCGGGCCUCUGCGUCAACCCCUAUCACAUCAACGUCUCCGUCAGAGAACUCGAUCUCUACCUCGCCAACUACGUCAACAUGCACGGUCAGUUGCCCCUCUUCUCUGCCGGCUCGGAACGGAGGGAACUGGUCCUUGGCAACCCGACGGUGGAGUUCGUAGACAAUUACGGAGCGCAUGUAAAGUGGGGGAAAGUGAAUCCGAAGCCACUGUCGAGAUUGCAGGUCGCUUUGAACCACGUGGAGGAUGAGAGACGGGAAGAGAAAGUCCUCCGUCGGAUGGCUCUAAUCCUGCGAGAACGUUCCAACGUUUCCGGGUGGAGCGCGUCGCUCGUGUUAAAAAAAAUAAGGUCAAAAUGGCUUGCAAUGAAUUCUGAUCUUUCUGUCAUUGCGUCGAAAUGGGGGAAGUUGGCGAUGUGGGUGCUGGGGAAGUACGGGGACGGUGGACGUCUGAUUGAGAUUGCCGUUUGGCAAACCCUCAGCGGUCUCCCCUGCAACAAGAGUAUUUGUGAUGACAAGGACGACGACAGGUCCAUUAAAGGGGAUUACUAUGUCCCGGGCGGGACGGUGAUGCCGAAUCCGUAUUGCCAUAUCCAGGAUGCUACUAACACCAUCUACGCCACCGGGGUCUUCACGGCCGUCGAACUCUGGAGGCUCUCCAAAGCCUCGAUCAUGCAAGGGAGUUCAAAUGGGGUCCAGCCUCCGAUCCACUCCAUCAAGAUGGAGAACCCCACGUAUUACUGCAACAGUUACACGCCGCCUGCAUCCGACCACAAUGCCUUGAUGUCUGUGUCCGCCCCCCCUGGGCCCUACAGUCCUCCAUCAGUCCACUCUCCCCACAUCUUGGGCCUGAGUCCAGGAGGGAAAGUGCCAAAGAUGGAUCCCGGAGGCUACCCAUCCUCAAGCAGCAUCGUGUCCAUUCACCCGCCUGUCCGAACCCCUUCAUCUGAUGGAUCCCUCUCUAGUCAGGACCACAGGAUCGUGGAUUCCCCUCAUGGACGAGAUGGCAAGUCUUUGCCUCCUUUCACCCUUACUGUUUGCUUCCAGAUCCUCUGA